CUACUAUUGAUAUCAUCAGUGUUCAUCGCAACGUAAAAUGACCAAAUAAGUUGGGUAAUUAUAGUUGUGCUUCGUGCAUUAAAGAAAUAACAAUUCCAUAACUCGCAUAACCUUUAUUGGAUCUUUUCUUUUUCUGCUUUUUUGUUUUGUUCUUUCAGGAACGAAGGGAGCCAAAAGCAAGCGUUGACAAGUCGAAGGAAAACCCAGACUGUGAAAGCGAGCAUCAAGUAAGUUACGGCGGUGCUUAACAUCCGGCUUAUGUCAACAGAGACUUGUUGAUACUUCAUUUCUGGCACGGGCAGGAAUAGUUCCUGAAACAGAGGUAAUGCAGCAGAAAUAAUGAUGAAUAGAAACGAUUGCGGUGCAGAUUGCAGGAUACUGGGCUCACCACAGCAAUACACUAACGUACCUGAUCCUGAUGAAGAUGGAAGCAGCACACCGAAAGAUAUGGAGUCCGAAACAGCCAUGUUUGAGAGGCCAGUCGUUGAGCAAGAUAUUAAACCUCAAACCGAACCACCAGAACGAGAGCCACCUAUGUUGCUAGUACAUAUGGUUGAUGAAGGCGCUAAACAAAAUCCUCAACCAACAGAGACAGAACGACCAAUGUUGUUACUACAGAGUGUUGGUGAAGGUACUAAACAUCAGCCUGGUACGACAGAGGGAGAACCAAACAUUUUAGUCUUGAAACAAGUCGGAGAUGUUACUAAUCAUGAGCCUGGGCCAACAGAGGGUGGAAACAAUAUGGAACCAAGUAUCAUGUUGUUAAAACCAGUUGGAGAAGGUUCGAGCUGUGAAAGAAAAAAUGAAAUAUCGGAAUCAGCAACUCCAGAAGAGUGUGCCAAUGAGGGGAGAAACGAAGGGUCAGAAGAAAACGCCGGCGAAACGAAAAAAGAAGAAACACAACCGACUAUGAUGUUUGUUCGAACCGUUCCAAAUGAUAACGCAGGUGAAACGAAAAAAGAAGAAACACAGCCGACUAUGAUGUUGGUUCGAACCGUUUCGAAUGAUAACGCAGGUGAAACGAAAAAAGAAGAUACAAUGAUGUUAGUCCACGCUAUUCCAACAGAGUCCUGCUGCGGAAAGAAACUUUUAUCAACACAACCAGCUCUGAUGAUCUUACCACAUCCAAAAGAAGAAAGAAGUAAUGAAAAUGCAGCGACCGAACCGAUGAUACUCAUACCAACUCGUGUUGACCAUACUCAGGACGAAAAGGAGAACGAGAUAGAGGAAGAGACCUUAGAGAAGGAAGAAGCCAAAGCAGAAGAAGAGGAUUCGUCGAUGGACGUAUGCAGAUGUUCUGAAAACGAACUGUUACAAGACAAUAACCACAUAAAGAAAGAUCUGAAUUGUCACUGCUUCAAGAAAAAAAAUAACAGUUUGGGACAAGGUUUAGAAAUAGGUGUAAUCAAAAACGAUAAUUCCUUAAAACUCGAAGAUCAUCAUACCCCAGAAGUGAAAAAACAGAAUUGGAAACGAGCGAUAAACAUCAGACAGAGGUUACCGACGUUAGAAGAUAAAUUGUUGGCAAUGGAUUAUGUCACGAUUUUGGACAAAGCAAUGGGAUAUCCAUACACGAAGAAUCCAGAUUUUGAAGUUGACGAACCAUACAACAGUCCCUGGAGGAGAUAUACACUGCAAUCUAUGGAGCCAUCUCGUCUAUGUCAGACUUAUUAUAGUUGAUUCUAGAACAGCAGUCUGAUAUAGUUUAUAAUUAUUA